AUCAGACACGUCAACAAUCAUUUCUUUAGGGUUUAUCAGUCACCACCUCACAAUCUUCUGUUCCAUAUAUUAAGCUCCCUUAGCCGCCAGAAACCCUAACGAGGGCGUCCUCUACUCUCAGAUUCUUUGUUUGGUCAGACACCUUAAGAUUCAACCAUGAGUAAACUUCAAAGUGAUACUCUCAGGGAGGGUAUUUCCACCAUCAUGGCUGCGUCCAAGGAAAAAAACCGCAAGUUCACUGAGACCAUCGAACUUCAGAUUGGGCUGAAAAAUUAUGAUCCCCAAAAAGACAAACGUUUCAGUGGUUCUGUUAGGUUGCCACACAUCCCUCGUCCAAAGAUGAAGGUUUGCAUGCUUGGAGAUGCUCAGCAUGUUGAAGAGGCUGAGAAGAUAGGGUUGGAUUAUAUGGAUGUUGAAGGGCUGAAGAAGCUAAACAAGAACAAGAAAUUGGUUAAGAAACUGGCCAAGAAAUACCAUGCCUUUUUGGCAUCAGAAGCUGUUAUUAAGCAGAUUCCCCGUCUUUUGGGUCCUGGUCUCAACAAGGCAGGAAAAUUUCCAACCCUGGUUACUCACCAAGAAUCGCUUGAGUCUAAGGUUGCCGAGACAAAAGCAACCAUUAAGUUCCAACUGAAGAAGGUUCUUUGCAUGGGAGUUGCUGUAGGGAAUGCCUCCAUGGAGGAGAAACAGAUCUUCCAAAAUGUGCAAUUGAGUGUUAACUUCCUUGUUUCACUUUUGAAGAAAAAUUGGCAAAAUGUGAAGUGCUUGAACCUGAAGACUACUAUGGGGAAGCCAUAUCGCAUCUAUUAAGAAAUCAUUUACUUAUUUUUGGAUGUAGGGGCAGGUUAUGGAAAGCCUGAUACUUAAUAGGAAUUGUGUUUUUAUCUGAAUGGUCAAGUUUUCGUGUUUGUUGGCUGUAUUACUUUGUUUGAUGGUUAUCGACAUUGUUAUGGUAGACUUGAUAUCAAAAUCUUGUUGGAGAGGAA